AACGAGCCGUGGUUUAUGCGCUUAAAUGCUUCCGGAGAAGUACCCGUCCUCAUCCAUGGGGAAAAUAUUAUUUGUGAUGCAACGCAGAUCAUUGAUUAUCUCGAAGCAACGUUUGUAGAUGCAGAAGUGCCAAGACUAAUGCCGGAAGAAGAGAGCAUGUAUUACCCAAGGGUGCAACACUACAGAGAGCUUCUAGACUCCUUGCCUAUGGAUGCCUACACGCACGGCUGCAUUCUGCACCCUGAGUUAACUGUGGACUCCAUGAUUCCAGCCUAUGCUACAAGCAGAAUCCGUAGUCAAAUAAGUAAUACAGAAUCAGAGUUGAAAAAGCUUGCAGAAGAAAAUCCAGACCUUCAAGAUGCCUACAUAGCGAAACAGAAGCGCCUUAAAUCUAAACUGCUGGAUCAUGAUAAUAUAAAAUACCUAAAGAAAAUACUGGAUGAACUGGAGAAAGUUUUGGAUCAGGUUGAAACUGAAUUGCAGCGUCGAAAUGAAGAAACACCGGAAGAUGGAAGUCAGCCUUGGCUAUGUGGUGAAUUCUUCAGUUUGGCAGAUGUAUCACUUGCUGUCACGUUACAUCGGUUGAAAUUUCUUGGAUUAGCAAGAAGAAACUGGGGAAACGGAAAACGGCCGAACUUGGAAGCAUAUUAUGAGCGUGUCCUGAAGAGAAAAGCAUUUCACAAAGUUUUAGGACACGUCAACAAUAUAUUAAUCUCAGCAGUUCUCCCAACUGCAUUUCGAGUGGCCAAGAAGAGAGCACCCAGAGUUCUUGGCACCACCCUGAUGGUCGGCAUGCUAGCAGGAAUGGCUUAUUUUGCUUUAGUGUAUCUUCGGAAGAGAUUUGCCAACAUGAUGUUAUCAAUUAGAACCAGACAAAAUUAUUCUUAGCCCCUGGUGGUAAGUGGAGGCCAUCUCUACUCCACCAGUAGACUAUACCCAAUAAAAUAUAAGGGUAUAAGAAAGGUUAUGUUUGUGAAUUAGAACUUUCUCACAGUAAUCAUCUCCUG